AUGCGGACGUGUUGCUGUCCUGUGUGUGUUGCAUCCUGCCCACGUGAUUCUCUUUGUGGCCAGAUGGGUUUGUAUGGACAGGCUUGUCCAUCUGUAACUUCAUUAAGGAUGACAUCUGAACUGGAGAGCAGCCUAACCUCUAUGGACUGGUUACCACAGCUCACCAUGAGAGCAGCCAUCCAAAAAUCUGAUGCUGCACAAAAUGCACAUGGAACAGGAAUUUCCAAGAAGAAUGCACUCCUUGACCCAAAUACAACCCUGGACCAGGAAGAAGUCCAACAGCACAAAGAUGGGAAACCUCCAUACAGUUAUGCCAGCCUCAUUACAUUUGCAAUUAAUAGCUCACCCAAAAAGAAAAUGACUCUGAGUGAGAUAUACCAGUGGAUUUGUGAUAACUUCCCAUAUUAUAGAGAGGCUGGCAGUGGUUGGAAGAAUUCCAUCAGACAUAAUCUGUCACUGAACAAAUGUUUCCUUAAAGUGCCUCGAUCCAAGGAUGACCCUGGAAAGGGGUCCUAUUGGGCAAUAGACACCAAUCCGAAGGAAGAUGCACUGCCUACUCGGCCAAAGAAGAGAGCACGAUCUGUAGAACGGGCCUCAACUCCAUAUAGCAUAGAUUCAGAUUCUUUGGGAAUGGAGUGUAUUAUUUCGGGAAGUGCCUCUCCAACUCUGGCAAUCAACACUGUGACUAACAAAGUAACAUUGUACAACACUGAUCAGGAUGGUAGUGAUAGCCCACGCAGUAGCCUUAACAACAGUCUCUCAGAUCAGAGUUUGGCAUCCGUUAAUUUGAACAGUGUUGGAAGCGUGCAUAGUUACACACCGGUGACAAAUCAUCCAGAACCAGUUUCUCAGUCAUUAACGCCUCAACAGCAGCCACAGUACAACCUUCCAGAACGAGACAAACAAUUACUUUUCUCAGAAUAUAAUUUUGAAGAUCUCAGUGCCUCAUUUCGGAGCCUUUAUAAGUCAGUUUUUGAGCAAUCACUUAGUCAACAAGGUUUGAUGAACAUCCCUUCCGAAUCUUCCCAGCAGUCCCACACUUCUUGUUCCUAUCAGCACUCUCCCAGCAGUACAGUGAGCUCUCACCCACACAGCAACCAAAGCAGCCUGACCAACAGUCACGGCAGUGGCCUCAACACCACGGGCAGUAAUUCGGUUGCACAGGUCUCACUGUCACAUCCCCAGAUGCACACACAGCCGUCUCCACAUCCGUCCCAUCGACCGCAUGGUUUACCGCAGCAUCCACAGCGUCCCCAGCACCCAGCACCACACCCACAGCAACACAACCAGCUCCAGUCACCUCACCCCCAGCACCCGUCUCCACACCAACACAUACAGCACCAUCCGAACCACCAGCAUCAGACGCAUCAGACGUUGACACAUCAGGCACCUCCACCCCCACAGCAGGUAUCCUGUAAUUCUGGUGUUUCAAAUGAUUGGUAUGCAACACUUGAUAUGCUCAAAGAAAGCUGUCGAAUUGCCAGCAGUGUUAAUUGGUCAGAUGUAGACCUCUCACAGUUCCAAGGUUUGAUGGAGAGUAUGAGGCAGGCAGAUCUCAAGAACUGGUCUUUAGAUCAGGUUCAAUUUGCUGAUCUCUGUUCUUCUCUUAAUCAGUUCUUUACACAAACUGGCCUUAUCCACUCACAGAGUAAUGUACAGCAGAAUGUCUGUCAUGGUGCCAUGCAUCCAACAAAACCUUCCCAACACAUCGGAACAGGAAAUCUGUACAUAGACUCCAGGCAAAAUCUCCCUCCUUCAGUGAUGCCACCCCCUGGUUAUCCUCACAUCCCACAGGCACUCAGCACUCCAGGAACAACGAUUGCAGGCCAUCACGGAGCCAUGAGCCAGCAGCACAUGAUGCCUUCCCAAGCCUUCCAGAUGCGGCGCUCUCUGCCUCCGGAUGACAUCCAGGACGACUUUGAUUGGGAUUCCAUUGUGUAG